GAAUUAUUUUGAGAGAUUUGUCAUUUUUUAAAGUCAAUUAAACAACAAUUUUCAUUUAUUAUUAGCAUACGUGUUUCAGUUAGUUUAAGAAACAGGCAUAUAUUAUUUAAUAAAAUUAUUUUCCAAUAAGAAAUGAGCGCCGAUGUUUUAGGUCCAGAAUGGAACUUGUCUCCAACUGGUCUUGAAAUCAUAUCCGAAAAUGGUGUUAUUAAGGAUAGAGGGCAAUUAAUACGACGUGCUUUAGAUACUGAUCUGAAAGAAAUUGGAAAAACUGUUUUAACCACUGAAUUAACCAAAAACCAAACAACCAAACUAGUGUUACAAAUUCAAAAGAUCCGCAACGUUUCGGCUCCAAAAGCUAAUGAGGAGUCACAGGCAGCUCCCCGCAUGUUAAAAUUAAUACUAACUGAUGGUGAUACAACGGUGCAGGCCCUAGAAUUGUCUUCAAUCCAGCAAAUUAGUCGUGAACGAACGGCACCUGGGAGCAAAGUAUUAAUAAAUGGGGCCCAAAUCAUAUCAGGAUAUUUACUUUUAACUCCAAGUUGUUGUAGCUUACUAGGUGGAAAAGUUCCUCAUUUGUAUGAGAAAUGGGAACUAGCCAAAAGUGUUCAACAUAACAAUAGACAAUCAGGUAAUACAGAUGGCCCCCCACCUUGGGUAAACUUUGGCUGUAAGAUACAGACAGCAGGCAAAGAUGAUAAUUUCAAAUCACUGGAAAACAAGAGCAAGGACCCCACGAAGGAGUCCACAGAAUUUGAGCAGCAAAGGCAAGGAGCAAUUGCUGAAGCAACAUCUGGUGCAAUUAAAAAGGUGUUUGGAGGAAGAGCCAAACAACAAGUGCAACCAGUACAAAAUAAUAACAAACGUUCCAAUGAGAACAAAGGAAGGAGUGGCAAAGGAAAAACACUGGGGCCUAAAGAAAUUGAUGCUGCACCGCAAAAACCGUUAGAGAAAGUUUCUCUGUUCGAUUUUCUGGAAACAAAGCUUCCAGUGAAUGAGCCUCCUCAGAAAGUUGCUGAAACGCCUGUAGAAAAGUUUGUGCCUCCAACUCAAAGCUUUCAACAAAAUAAGCCUAAUUAUCAAAAGAAUAAAACCAAUAAUGAAAAAUAUGAUAGCAAUAAAUACAAUUCUAAACCAAAUAACAAUAGGGGACAACAGUACAAUAAUUAUAAUAAUUCAAGUAGUCAAAUUGAAUAUCCUCAGCCUAAAACAAAUAAUUCAAGGAGAGAACCAGUGAAUACUAAAUAUUAUAAUUCUCAAACAAAUUCACAAAGAGUAGAGCCAACAACCAGCAAUUCAAAUAACUAUAAGAAAGAGCCAUAUCAACACAAUGCAAAUUCAAACACUUCAGAUAAGUCAGUUAAUGAUAUCACACAAAACAUGUCGAGAAUUUCGUUAGGAAAUAAUUCCUUCGCUAGUAAAAUCAUAAGGCAACAACUCAAUAUUGAUCCAACCAGCAAAAAACAGGAAAGUGCUAAAGAAAAUGUAAUAUCAUCAGAAAAUGGGACAGUUUUCCCUAUUGGAAGUGAAUGUUUGGCUAAAUACUGGGAAGAUGGAAAAUAUUACAAUGCUACAGUCACUGCUGUAACUGAAAGGACAUAUGUUGUCAAAUUUAAAGGAUAUGAUAAUAUUGAAGAGGUGUUGAAGAAAGAUUGUCAACCCCUUGGAACUAAAAACAAUAGGAAAUAUGAUAACAAUAGGUCAUAUUCAGGAGGUACUAUGAAGUUUACAGGACGAAGAUGAUAUAAUAAAAAUUAACUUAUUGUGUUUAAUUUAAUUAAUAUUUAUUUUACUCAUCAUGUUUUAUACUAAUUAAAUAAAUAAUAAUUGCAGUUUUUAA